GUUCCUCAUAUCUGGCACGUCAGGCAUUUGAUGAUACACUUUUAUACUGUUUUGAGGAUUCUAAUCUCUUUGUUGGAGACUUUAAAGAAUUUUCGGAGCGACUAUAUAACCCCAAAACAUGGUACUUAGUGGAUGGUACAGUUCCCAGGGAUGUCUUAGCAAGAACAGUCGUUUCUGCAUCAUCAAAAAGUAUCAAAGAUAAAGGAUUUCAAGAGUUUACUAAAAAUCUUGUAAAUGAAUUUUGCGUGCCACCAUGGUCAAUAGAAGAGUUGGAUGCCUGCCGACUAAGUGUCUUUCCGGUGAUACCACAAGGUUUAAUGCUUGACCUCAGUGACGAAGCGGGUG